AUGGAGUCUCGCUGCCAGCUUUGGCUAUGGGCAUUAUUUGUCCUCCUGGUGGCCCCACGGGUGCUGGGUGCACAGGGAGCCUGCUCCCAUGGUGCCUGCUACCCCCCUGCUGGAGACCUCCUCCUGGGACGAGCCCACCUCCUGAGAGCAUCCUCCACAUGCGGCCUCUCCAAGCCUGAGACGUACUGCACACCCCAUGGAGAGUGGAGCAUGAGGUGCUGCCGGUGCGACUCGCGGCUGCCGCACGCCUACAACGGCCACCGUGUGGAGAACGUCCUGUCCUCGGCCGGGCACUCGCGCUGGUGGCAGUCCCAGAAUGGCAUCGAGUGCGUCUCGUUGCAGCUGGACCUGGACCAGACAUUCCAGCUCGGCAGCAUCCUGCUUCACUUCAGGUCACCUCUGCCCGCUGCGAUGCUGAUUGAGCGCUCCACCGACUUCGGCCAGACCUGGCAUGUGUACCAGUACCUGGCCUCCGACUGUGCCACCGCCUUCCCUCAUGUGCCCCGGGGCUCCCCCGAGAGCUGGCAGGACGCUCGGUGCCAGGCGCUGCGGGGGCACCCUGUGCACGGGGGCAAGGUGAAAUUCAGUGUCCAAGACCCAGCAUCUACCAUCACUACCUCUUACAGCCAGACCAUCGAGAAGCUGGGGCAGUUCACAAACCUGCGCAUCAACCUCACCGGGCUCCCCCACAUCCCGCGCCAGGGCUACCACUCACCCAGCACCUUCUAUGCCUUGACUGAGAUGCAGGUGCUGGGGAGCUGCUUCUGCCACGGACACGCUGACCGCUGCGCCUCUGCAGGAGACCAGCGCACCACGGUCCAUGGGCACUGUGUGUGUCAGCACAACACUGCUGGUCCCAACUGCGAUCGCUGUGCUGCCCUCUACAACGACCGGCCGUGGGCCCCCCCAGCGGGUGUCACCGUGUCACGCAGGGCCUUGGGCACCCCCCUGGGGGCGGGGCCUGCCGCUGUCGGGGGUUGCAGCCCUGGAUGGGCCAUUUUGUUGGGAUUUUUAGGGUGCGACUGCAAUGGGCACUCGUCUUCGUGCCACUUCGAUCCCGAGCUGUACCGCGCCAGCGGCGGGGCGAGAGGCGGCGUCUGUGACAACUGCCAGCACAACACUGAGGGCAACAACUGUGAGCGCUGUAAAACCAACUAUUUCCGCAACCAGCAGCAGGAUCUCGCCCAUCCUGAAGCCUGUCUGCCCUGCGAGUGUGACCCUGAUGGCACCGUGCCGGGCUCCACCUGCGACCCGCAUAAGGAGAAUGUGCAGGGCGACCGCUGCCACCUCUGCAAGCCGGGGUUCUCCCAGCUGGCCAGCGCCAACCCCGUGGGGUGCCGCAAAUGCACCUGCAAUGUGCUGGGAGCGCGGCAGGACGUGCCCUGCGAUGACGAGACAGGGAGGUGCUUCUGCCUGCCCAACGUGGUGGGGAACGACUGUGACCAGUGCGCGGGCGAGCACUGGGACAUGGGCAGUGGCCACGGCUGCCAGCCCUGUGGCUGCCACCUGCAUGGCUCCCGCAGCCCCCACUGCAACCAGUUCACAGGACAGUGUCCAUGCAAAGAAGGUUUCACAGGACGGACGUGUUCUACUGUGCAGGAGCAGGUUUGCCCUGACAGGCACUACGGAGACAUCCGGGUAGGGUGCACAG